AUGACAUUUCAAUCGGACAACGGGAAAGCCUUCGUGGGUGACCUGACAAAAGAAUUGAUGAAAAGGUCACACAUUGCUCAAGCGCACUCAACGACUUACCACCCUCAGACUAACGGGUUAGUGGAGAGACAGAACAGAACGUUGGUGAACAUGCUGAGGGUAUAUUGCUCGAGAUACAUGACAGACUGGGAUAAAUAUCUGCCGCAAGUGGUCGGGGCGUACAACAGCACGCAACAUUCGACAACGGGAAUCAGUCCCUUCAUGAUGUUAACGGGCAGAGAGAGAGAGAGAGCAAUGCCCCCAACGUUCUUUUACCAAGAAUACGAAGGUAAAACGACGUCGCCUCAAGCUUAUGUGAAGGAAGCGGUCAAGAGACAACAGGAACUAAACGAUCUCUGCAGGAGGAACACGGCGCCAGCUCAAAUGAGGCAGCGGAGGAAAUAUGACGAGAAGAUACUUCAAGCUAAACCGUAUGCCGUGGGCCAAUACGUCUGGGUGUUCCAGAUUGUUAUACCUCCCAAGGUGACGAAAAAAUUACUCAAGAAGUGGCGACGACCGUUCAUGAGCACUGAAUACACCAGCAGGGACGGUUCUACCGCUUGA